AUGACUGAAGGGGUGGAGUCAUGGCGACGGCACCACAAGGACCUGACGAUGAGGACGGGGGAGGGGAGCAGCGGAGGAGUUAGGCUGAACACCGACGGAAUGGGGAGCAACAGAAGUGUUGGAGGGCGGUGGAAGAAAAAUCAGAAAUUAAAGUGCAAGAAUCAUAAAUGUGAACCACAACGCCAAGGUGAAGUCCCGGUACCUGGAGGGGACGCGGCAGCUUUGCUCGGCGUUGAACGUCUGCUGGCCAAGACGUUAACUUCCCGUGCGUCUGAUUCUCCAACACUCUCAAGCAGCUGCAGCAGACCGCGGCCGACGGCGGCAAGGCGCGACUGGCGGUGUCUCGUCUCCGUUCCCUCAAGGAUGCGAAGCAGGGCAGCGCCGGUGGGCUGUGGGGUGGCGCCGGCGGGGGUGGUACGGAGAAGGCGAGCUGUCAGGGUCCGGCGGAGGUGGCUUGAGGAGGAGUGCCGGCGGGGGUUGGUCCGGAGCAGGCAAGCGGAUAGGGUCCGGCGGGGGUGGGUUGAGUUGCGGCGCCGGCGGGGGUUUCGUCCGGAGCAGGCGAACGGAUGGGGUCUGAGCUAUUCCUGCAACUGCAAAGAACGUGGGUGGGGGGUGGGCGGAGGGGGUUUGGCUGUAACGCCGCUCGGACCUCGGUCACAACAAAAAUGGGCCGGGCCUAGGAGCCUGAGCGGAUGGGUCGGCCUGGGAGCCUAG